UCUUUCUGUUCUCCCUGGCGUCGCCAUAAACACCGACUUCUCCCUCCUCCACGAGCCUCAUCUUUCUCUCCAGUGACUUUCUGGGACUAUCAUCCAGCAAGGUGAACCAUGGAUGCUCUGCGAGUGGCCAACACAGCCUUUGCGGUCGACAUGUUCAAGGAGAUGUGUACCGAAAAUAAGACUGGGAAUGUGCUGUUCUCCCCACUCUGCCUCUCGACGUCCCUGUCUCUGGCUCAAGUGGGCACCAAAGGAGACACGGCGGAUGAGAUGGGAAAGGUCCUUCAUUUUGAAAAUGUCAAAGAUGUGCCUUUUGGGUUCCAAACGGUAACGUCUGAUGUAAACAAACUCAGUUCCUUCUACUCGCUGAAAUUAAUCAAACGCCUCUACUUGGACAAGUCUCUCAGCCCUUCCACCGAGUUUGUCAGUUCCACAAAGAGGCCCUACGCGAACGAAAUGGAAACCGUGGACUUGAAAGAAAAAUUGGAAGAAACCAAAGAGCAGAUCAAUAAAUCGAUUAAGGACCUCACAGAUGGGCACUUUGAGAACAUCUUGGCUGAGAGUAAUGUGACUGACCAGACAAAGAUCCUAGUGGUGAAUGCAGCCUACUUCAUAGGAAAAUGGAUGAAGAAAUUCCCCGAAUCGGAAACCAAAGAGUGCCCUUUCCGAAUAAACAAGACAGACAGCAAACCGGUGCAGAUGAUGAAUGUGGAAGCGACGUUCUGCAUGGGCAACAUCAAGGACAUAGACUGCAAGAUCAUAGAAGUCCCCUUCCAAAACAAACACCUGAGCAUGCUCAUUCUGCUCCCCCAAGAUGUGGAGGAUGGUGCCACGGGCUUGGAGAAGGUUGAAAAGCAGCUCAGCUCGGAGACCCUGCUGGACUGGACCAACCCCAGCACUAUGGCCAACGCCAAGGUCAAACUGUCCAUCCCCAAGUUUAAGGUGGACACGGUGUUUGGCCCACAGGCAGUCCUGGAGAAGCUGGGGAUGACCAAGGCCUUUGACACCUCCACUGCCGAUUUCUCAGGGCUGACAGAGGCCAAGGGGGCUGCUCUGUCCUCAGUGGUCCACGGGGCUGCUCUGGAGAUCUCUGAGGACGGGGGCGAAUCCAUCGAAGUCCCCGGCUCCCGGAUCCUGCAGCACAAGGAUGAGUUCAAGGCUGACCAUCCGUUCAUCUACAUCAUCAGGCACAACAAGACGCGCAACAUUAUCUUCUUCGGGAAGUUGUGCUCUCCCUAAAGCGGCCUGAGCUUAAUAAAUCCAUCCUGCCUCUUCUGG